CGUUACGUUGCAUGUGACGUGACCCAGCUGACCAAAUUAAAUUUGAACAAAUCUCAAAAAAUUUUUUUUUCAUUUUCAUUUUGUUUUUGUUUUGCGAAAUUUUGAUGAAAGAAAUAGGAACAUCAAGGAUCAAGGAAAAAUUUUGUUUUUCAGGGUAGACCUAGACAGAGACGCAGUGAUUUUCACUAAGGGUUGAUCUAGUUCAGCGAUGGAAACCGUAUUGUAAUAGUUGAAAUGUUGAAUGCUUGAAGUGAUUUUCGUAUUCUAGUAUUUUGUUUCGACUAGCCUGUAAAAAUGAGCGACGAUGAUAGAGAUUUGGAAUUGGAAAGCGCUGAAAAACGAGCUCAUCACAAUGCAUUGGAAAGAAAACGACGAGAUCAUAUUAAAGACAGCUUUACCAGUCUUCGCGAAUCCGUGCCAUCCCUUCAAGGCGAAAAAGUGGCUAGCAGAGCCCAGAUUUUGAAAAAAGCAGCCGAUUACAUACAAUUCAUGAGACGUAAAAAUUCUGCUCACCAGCAGGAUAUCGAUGACCUCAAGAGACAAAACGUCUUAUUGGAAUCUCAAAUACGUACUCUAGAGAAAACUAAGGCGACUGGCAAUUUUGCAGUUGAAUCGAGCGAGUUGAAUGUGGAUGGAACUAAUUUUGACGAAUCGGAUUCUUCGAGUUCGGAUUCAGAAGCCGAUGUUAUUCCUCGUCAUAAGAAGUUGAAGACGAAGAAGUUUUCGUAAUUGUUAACUUAUGUGUGUAUUAAUAUUGAAGUCGUAACCGAGGUGGUUAUUUGUACGCAAUCAGCGAGUUAAUGUAUAUAUUUUUUAUUACGUCGUGUUUAGAGUACUAUUUUGUUUUAUAAUAAAAAGCUUCCUUAUUGA